AUGAUCACAGCUCCUUUACCAUGCGACGAGAUAUCUCUUGCUAUCAACGAUGAUGACCUACUUCUAUCUUCUAGCCAAUCUGUUGCUUCCAGAAAUUCCAGGGGCUUUCAAUGUGCUACAAUCGACGUGUCAGUGCAUCGCUUCCCGUUCUGUCUCGUGUGGUCUCCCAUCCCAAUUCUCACAUGGUUUUUGCCGUUUAUUGGGCAUUUGGGUCUUGCAGAUAGUAAAGGGGUCAUCUUCGACUUUGCCGGGCCCUACACUAUUGGCCGCGACGCUUUUGCCUUUGGUGCCCCCACUCGCUACUUGCAGUGCAAAGUGGAACCUGAAGCUGUUGCCAAGUGGGAUGAAGCGGUGGCUGUAGGCUGCAAGAUGUACGAGAAGAGGAUGCACAAUUUGUGCUGUGACAACUGUCAUUCCCACGUGGCCGUGUGUCUGGAGCACGCCCACUAUGCAGGGCGUAAACAUUGGAACAUGGUCCAGCUCUGCUUUUGGAUGUUUUUUCGAGGGAAAUAUGUGAGUAUGACGGGUUUCAUCAAGACCUGGGCACCGUUCGUAUUGGUGCUGGCAGUGGUGGCAAUUGUGCGAUCCGAGAAUAGAUAUUGA